GGAGAGAGAGGAGGCGGAUGACACAAGGAGGGAACCGGAGGGCUAGGGAGGAGAGCAGGGACGGGAGAAGAGGGAAAGGCGGAAGGGAGAGGAACGGCGAUGGUGGGGGAGGAGCACCCCCUAACCCCAUAGCAAAAACGCACACCAAGGUAGAAAGUAUGCUCUUGUGGCCCCCAGGAGCCUGGAUGCCUCUUCGUCCUCCUACGGCAGGCGAGGCGGGGUGCAGGUGUGAGUGGGGUGGGAGGAAGGGGAAAGGAUCUGGGUCGCCGCGGCCUUUCUGGUCAGUUUCGCUGGGUUUUGUCAGUUCCGUUUGAGACCGAGGCGCACGGACCAUCUGCUGCCAGCACCUCACAGGUGGAGGUCACCUCUUACACCCCAAGUUCAAUGUCGUCCCGAUGAGUCCAGUGCCGUCCUGACUCUCCCUGACCUAAUUCCCUGGUUAUGACUUUCUCACCUUCCAGGCUUCUCCUAUGCCAGCUUUCGCCGACACCGCCCUUCCCGCCGCCCGCCCGGGCCUUCCUGCCCGCUCUCCUCCCUCCCUGGCCCGACGGUCCCACCGAGGCAAAAACAAACAGCCCCGAGGGCACUUCAAGGAGCGUGCAGUGGUCCCGACGGUACUCUCGGGGGGAUAAAAGAGGCGGCCAGUCACGCCGUCGGUCCCCGGCCGAAUAAUGGGCGCGCAGCAGAUUGCCAGGGGGCACUUGAAACUCGAGGGGAGGGAAAUACUUGAGCGCGGUCCCUCCCCGCGAGGGCGCACGGCGCAGCCUCGCGGAUCGUCCCUUGUUCGCUCUCUUUCAUGCACUCUCCUUUUGUGUGGAAUUAUUUAAACGGGAGAUCCCUGGCAGCUUUAUGCUAAUGCGCGGAACAAAGGCAACGGCCCGCGGGCGGGAGGCCCGGAAGGUGCCUGGGGCCGGGCCGGGCGGGGUGGCGGGCAGGCGGGCUGCGCGUGUCUCUCGCGUGCCCCUGGGACUGACACAACAACCCCUCAUUCCUGCAAAUACAAAGCCUCUCACCGGCUCGGGUCGGGCGCGCCAGGCGCAGGGAGGCGCUGGUCCCUCCGGGCGGCGGGCACUGCAGCGGCAACGUACGGUUCCUGCCCGGUUGUGGCUCCGGGGACUGAGGGCCAGGAGUGGGGGCUUCUGUGAAGCCAGAAGAGAAGUCUGCAGCAGAGUGGGGAUGGGGGGCGCUGACAACUCCCCCCUCAACGCCGACGUCUCCAAACGCGCUACCCGCUGUGGGGUGAGAUGCGGGCCCGCCCGGCUCCUCCCGUAAGGCCAGGGCGGCCUGUUCUAGACACUCCAAGGAGCCAACUCCUCCGUAGAAGUUCCCCGCUUCUGCUCUUAUUUCCAAGCUUCGCGCUUUCUACAAACUCCCGGUUGCCUUGACUUUUAUUUCCAGCUGUGGUGAGGGUCACAGUGAACCCCGGCGCGCGCCCCGACGGCACCCCCGCACACCAGGAUAGGAGACAUUGCAGCGCCUGUGGCCUCGGGCUCCGCAGUGGUCAGAGGAAGAACCCACCGCGGGGUCCGCAAGGGCAAUAAAUGCAGAGGCCCGGGAUUUUUCCAAAGCGCUGGCCAGGACCCCGAAGGAAGGGGAGGAGUCGCCUAAAGCCCGGGAAGGACACUUAGGUGAUCUGCCUUAGAUCCUAUGCUCACUGACUUUGGCGAAGUCCCCCUGGAGUGGGGCAAAUCCACGCUCUUUCCCCCAACUUAACUUCACGCGGCCCCUUCUCCGACUCGCGUGCGCUAAGGCCGGCGUCGGGGGCGCAGUGUGGUGGCGCUUUGCUCUUCUCAAGCGAAGACAAAUAUCUCGACUCGAUGUUCCCAUCCAUGAGGGCACACAGGUUCUGAGAAAAUCACGCAGGAGGCGGCUGCGAUCCACGACCCAGGCUGGGCUACACCUGCUUGGAGGUCGCUGGUGUGUGCUUGCGCGCACGGGCAGCCCAAUUCCUUCCCAGCCCCAGGUGGUGAAAUUAGUUUUCAAUACUAGUACCUUUCAAGUUUCCAUUUAUUUUGACUGACCCGUCUGAAGCAGAUUUCAUUUAGGCUGGCAAGACUAGAAGCCACAAAUAAAGAAAAAGAAACGGAUUCAUUGAAUCUCAGUAUCUCAGUAGCGUUCAAUAGAUAACCCUUGGCUAAAUUCAGAGCCCUGUUUGAAUUCACUCAGGCAAGAGUUGUUUUAUUUUUUUGUUGGUAGCGGUACCGGUUCCCCAUCCCCACGGCUUAUUUACAAUUAUAGGUGUUGUUAUUUUUAAAGGAUUCACAAGGUGACUAACUCUCUGUUAUCUGUUGAAUAGAAGGAGUGUUACAUAUGCAAGACCGAAUGUAGCAGGCCGAGCCCCCGCCCUGUACUAUUCUCCAAUCCAGAUGGGAUUCGUGAUUAGAAAAUAAAAUUGGCCAAAGCUGUCUCGGAAUCCUUUUCCCACUUCUAAUUUCAUCAGCACUAUUAAUCAGCGCUCAAAAGAGCAAGGAAGUAACAUCAGUUACUUUAAGAUAGAAAUCUGUUUAUACAUUUUAGAUAAACUCAUUUUAAGAUUUCUAACUUUUGGGGAGACUAGCAGUCACCACAGCAUUUUUAAAACUAGGGUGAGACUUGUCAAAAUAUAUUUCACUAUAUGCAUUCUUCCCUUUUCAGUGUCUGGGUUAAAAUAUUACAAACAUAAAAUUAUCAAUUAUCUUUCCCUUGAUUAAGCAACUUGAUUAACCCCUUAAUUAACAAAGUCUAACAACUGUCCCCAGCACAACUUAUGACUCAUGUGGACUCUAUUUUUACAUGUUUAAUUUCUACGCCAGGGUAUUUUCAGAGGGAAAAUCCAAAACAAUUAAAUACCUUCAGUGGAAUUAAGCAUAAGUAAAACUCAGCAAAAUCUGUCUGGUAUAUAGAGCUUUGCAGAAAAAUGUUUCUUUCUCUUUCAAUAAAGUGACAUUUUCCUCAGAGUGUGUGACAUUUUAUAUGGCUUGGCUAUUUGCUCCCCAGUGUUGGACGAUCAGGGUCACUACGCACUCGUGGGGUUCUCUGCCCUGUCCCCCGGAGAUUCUGCCUUUUGUGUUUCCUGGGGGCUGGGCUGGACAGAGGAUGGAGGCAGGCGGCCCAGUCUGCGUCCAAACGGAACGGCAGCGGAGGUGGGGGUGGGGGUGGGGGGAGUCUUCGCUGUUGUCUUUUCCUGGUGGCACAGGGGAGGUGGCUUGUCCUCUCCGAGGCCUCAGCCUGCCUCAGAGGACAGAUUGCCCCCCCCCCUCCCCCCGUCCAGCACGCGUCUCUUUUGCGUCCAGAUUGGCCGCGACCGGAGCUCAAUAGCGGGAGGUUAAUUUCCUUCACAAAGGUGAAGGGGGCACGGCUCCGUGGGGGCUGCGCCCAGACAGGCGGCCCCUUUAUUCCGCAGCGCCUUGAUUGGAGCCCUUGAUUUAGCAUCUGAUGUCAACUGGCAAACAAAAUGCCCGCUCGGAAUGAAAAUGCAUGAGGCCGCGCGGGGAGGAAGAAACCAACUUCAUUGGGGCGCACGAGGCCGACCGCGCGUUUCGGGCUUCGGCCAACUCCACCCGGAUUAACCCAGCCCCGGACCACGCGGAGGCUCCGGGCGGCCUGGGCCGGGCCCCGCCAAAGCUGCCAUUCCUGAGCCUCCAAGAACCCAAAAGUUCAGAAAUUCACGUUCCUUUGGGAAACCAGCCCAGCCCGCCCCGCGCUCCAAUCCCGCGCUUUCUAGAGACUGAGAAGGCCGCGUCAAUUCCUUCUCAAACUCAAAAAGAAACCUUCCCAGCCCGUGGGCGCGCGGAGGCAGUGAACACAAACAUCGCCCUCGGCCACUGCGACAAGGCUGGGUCCCCUGUCGACACUCGGAACGCCAGGGAACCCUUUUGCUUGGCCUCUUGGGUCCAGCGGCCCAUCCGUCCGAGGUCCUGGCGGAGGCUCUUGGCCGUCGGGACCCCGCUGCUCUCUCGGAUUCUUGUUUAUUUCCCAAACACCACGCGGAGCCACUGCGCCUCCGCGGACGCCCUGAUAGCUGACGCCCCGCUCUCCCACGCACCGCCCCGGCGCGCCCCCGCCCCCACCCAAUCAGCGCGCACAACUUCCCCCUAGGCUCCGGCUCGCGGAUUGAACCCUCCUGACAUAUUUGGGGCCGUUCUUCUCCUUUGUUGCUAUUUUGCUCGCGACCCGCGGGUAAUCCCCGCGCGGGAGGGGGGCGUGCAUUGUCGCGCUGAUAGACGGGCCCAUUUGGCGGCUCCGCGCCCCCCGUAGGAGAGACACAAAGCCCAGGCACGUGCGCCUCCCCAUAGAGAAGCAGCAGACCGUGAAGGGAGGCGGGGCCGGGCGUGUGCCUGGGCCGGGCGGGGCGGCGGCGCCGGGCGGGGCGACCAAGGGGCGCGCGCGGGGGC